AUGAACGGGCUGCCCUACGGCCCCCAGCCGAACAUGCAUCAAGCAUACUCAAGUCAGCCGCCAAACCUGUAUAAUUCGUCUGGUUGGGGGGCCAACACGCUUAACGGUGGAGGAAAUCCAGGUAUCUCUGGAAAUCAACCGCGAAUCGUGAAUACGAAUCGCAAUCCCAAUGGACCCUCGCCUUACCACGACCCGACCAGCUUUGCCCCUAACGCAAACCCUGUUAUUCCCAACGGGUUUUCUUCGCUGGGAUUCCCUGCCACAGGCGGUGCAGCCGCCGUUGCUAAAGGCAAUUCAUACGUUGGAGGUGGAUUUCAACUAGGUGAAGGUUAUGGUGGUACUCAGCAUGCACCACCGUUUGCCCAAACUCAAGGUCAACGUCCCGUUGAAAACGGAGAUAACAACGACACGAGUGGCCGUAAUCGAAGCCGCUCUGCCCCGCGUUCGUAUCCCAAUCCCAGCACGAAUCAUGCCCAGGUCCUUAAUCAUGAUCAUCAGCACCUGCAAACGGUUUUGUACAACUCGCCUUAUUCGACAACGCACACAGGUAAUGCGGUCUCUGAGAACGAACCGCCUGUCAUUCCAAUCCCGAAUCCGACUGGGCAGGGUUUCAUGCUCAUGCAUCAACAGCAACAACGACGCGAAGAAACUGUUCGGAGUGGCUCUAGAGGAAGAGAGGCUAAUAGACGGGAGGAGGAGCGGGAGGCCAGAGAUUCUGACCUGCCUCCUAUUCCACCAGCAUAUGCCAUCACAGGUCCCCAUCCUGGAUGGGCUAGCGCAUGGGCAGACCCUAAUGGCCCCUUUGCGACUGCUGUUCGGUCCAAAUUGGGAGAAAGAGCAACAGAUACACAACCGCCUAUUCAGCAUCCCCAGCAAAGCCAGCAACCUCAACCUCAACCUCAACCUCAAUCUCAACCCCUACACCAACAGCCUCAACUACCACCGCCGCCGCAAGGCCGACCUCCAGCGCAACAUCAUGCAUAUAUGUCGCACACUCAGUCCCAACUUUUCGUUCCUCAAGGUCCCGUGCAACCCAUUCUACCACCUGUUCAUGGAUCAACAGCGCAGAAGCCCGCGCUGUCCACAGGCACACAACCUCCACCAGCUCACAAUGUCACGGAAAUGACGCGCGAGAUGCUCAUACCCGUUCUAGAUCGGUUUUCGGAGCUGCUGGUUGACUACUUCGAUUUCUCGGAACAGGCCUCUGAUUCACCUGGAUUGGAUGGCCUGGGAUCUAACCCUAGACGACCGAGAAAGCUACGGCUUGUCGCGCAUGGCGGCGCGUGCAUGCUCCUGCACCCCGUUUUUCAUGCUCUGAGCCUGGAGAUGCCUCUGGUCGGCGCUCCUAUGCCCAACAUGGCGGCAGCGUCAGGGGGCGAAGUGUCCAGCCUUGAUGCGCUAAUGCAGCAGCAACAAAGUUUGCAAAACAUGAAGAUGGAGAAUCUCGCGCGGCGCACGAGCACGAGGGAUGUUGAUGUAAUUAUGCGUGCAUUCGCGGAUGAUUACUCUGGUGUACGUGCGCCUGAGCGUGUGCUCCAAGCCGCCGCCACAGUUGCUUAUCGAAGUCAACCACCUGGAUAUUCCGGAUAUUCGGCGUAUGGUACCCCUGCUCCAAAUUCGAUGGAUCAAGCAGAUGAUGCAGACCCUGAUAGUCCGAAACGUGCUGCACAGCUGGACGCGAUUGGGCGUCUGAAAGCUUGCAUUCGACGCACUGCGCGUCAUUUCCCUGGAUUGGGUUUGGAUUGGAUGAAUGCCGAUGCCGAUGUUGCAUUGCCUCUGGGUGCUGAUCCACAGACACAUCAGACGUUCGAUCCGAUUCAUAAAUCAGCAGUGACGCCACAUAAUAUCAAUCAGUAUUCCGUUUAUAUAUCACCGAAUGGCCGUCUACAGCUUGUCAGCGUAACGCCCGCAUGGAGUAUCGCCCUCAAGAUUGCCAGAUGGGGGAGAAGGGACUUUGCUGAUGUUGGGAUACUGCUCCGAUCAGCAACUACUAUUAGUGGCAUCCGUUGGACACCUGGGAUGCUACAAGCUGUGCUAGAAAGGGAUUGUUGGGCUAUGGGAUAUUCGAGGUGGGAUGAAAGCAGAACUAAGGAAUUUAAGGAUCGGGUCGCUUGUGCUGUCAGAAUGGUUGAGGGUUGGGGGACAGGAACGACGGCAGGACAGAGUCAGGGUCAAAGCCAGAUGAAUGGUUAUGGUUAUGGCUCUGGACAUGGCCACGUCACAGGAGGAAAUGAGCUUGGGUUGUAUAUUCAAGGUCAUCAAACAGCUCAACCACCAUUACAACGAGUGCCUGCAGCAGUAGCGCCUCAGCAGCAGCAACUACCUCCGCAGCAAAGAGACGACCGCGAGUGGGAGAGGGAUGAAGUGAGGGCGGCGCGCAUGGCAUCAGCCGAGGAAAGGAGAGAGCGGUCCAGGGCUAGGCGCAAUUCUACCUAUGGCUCUAGGUCGAGAUCCAAAUCUCGCGCAAGGUCGCAGUCGACUGGCCCUCAUGAGAUGUUCAUACCGCCUGAUGACGACGACGACGACGAUUAUCCACAUGAAUAUCGGUAUGAAUAUCCUUCAGGCGAAAGGGGGCGCGGGCAACCUCGUCACAUCAGCCGUAGUAUCCCUGUGGGUAGCGGCGGUGGCGGCCAAGUUUCUGUGUCAAAUGCCACAGCCGUGGCUCCAUUCCAUCGUCAUGCUCCUCAGCAUAUCGCGCAGGCGACAGGCACCCAUGGCCCACGACUUUGGAGACGACGCUCUACCUCGCGCCCCCGAAACACGGAAAGGGAUCGAAAGGCUAGACAGCGUGAUAAGCAGCGACGAAUGGACCAGCAACGCCGACAAGAAGAGCGUUCCGGAUGGGCUAUGCCUCCGAUUAUUCCGUUCGAUACCGACGAUGAAAGUGGCAGCGACGAUAGUGGCGACGAUACUGACGAUACUGACGAUGAAGGAGAUAAAGAGAACCGUGAUCGAGAAAGCGCCUGGAGGCAGGCUAAUAUUUAUGGCCCAGGCAAGAAGAGGCCACCAGCGUUGGAUAUUCCACCUCCUUUGACGAAUGAACAAGCUCUUCAGCAAUCGCAUGGUGAACAACAUCCAGCAUAUGCUCAACAAUUACAGCCAAACCCGUAUCAAAGGCAGCUUUCGCGAACCCAAUCACACCCUCAUCUACUCGAAGCAACGCAGCGGUCGAUUCCGACCCCAUACCCGACCCCUCAACCCGAAGCAGCAACUCUACAGGUACCUCCAAAUGCAAACGCUGCACAACUUGCCCAGUACCAAUUCGAGCAACAAAUGCGCUCGCUUCAACGCGAAAGACAGUAUGAACAAUCAGUCAAAGAUACCAUGAACCGGAUUGCGAAAAGAAUCGUGACCAGAGGAAGUACGAUGCCAUAG